CAUUCAGAUAUAUCUCAAGAUAUCGGCGAUAUUGCAAGCAGCGAGUUACUACAAAGCAACAGAGAAAGAAAAUCGUAUAUAAGAUUGAAAGCGCCACUAAGAAAGAUAUUCCAGAAAUUGUUGAGUUGAUUCGCUCAGCAUAUUUACCAUAUGAUCCCGUUAUAAAAUCCUAUAAUUUUAAUGCGAAGAUAAAUGAACAACUUUUGGAAAUUAUUUUGUCAACAUUACAUGAAGAUACAGUAGCUGGCUAUACACUUGUUGCAAAGAAUCCGCAACCCAAAUUGAGUCCGCAAAUAUAUGGUGUUUGUCUUUGUGGAAUGAAUACACCAGAAACAAAUUUUGUGAAGGGAAAAAAAGCAAAUGUUGAAAACUCAAAAUUAAGACAUUUACUUCGCUUGUGGCAUGAUGUAGCUGAGAAACCUUGCUUAUUUACCCAGUUUGGUGUUAGCGAAUUGUUUGAGAUUGGAUUUGUGACAACACAUCCUUUGGCACAAAAUCAAGGUAUUGCUACAAAACUAAUUAAAGAAGCGAUUAAUUUAGCCAAGAAAAAAGGAGCCAAAUUAAUACGCAUUGAUUGUUCCAGUUUCUUUACAUCUUUGAUGUGUAUGAAAAUGGGAAUGAAGGAAAUUUACAAGGUAUAUUUUAAUGAGUAUGUCGACAAACGCGAUAAUCUAAAAUUAAGGCAAGUUGAAUAUCCACAUAAAAGUUUUAUAACCUAUGCAUUAGAUUUAAGGCCAGAGUCUGAACAGCCAUUGCCUUAUAAGUGGAGCAAAAAUGAUCAAAAAUUAUCUAAGUCUACGGGUGAACCUAAACAAACCACAGCUGAAAAUAUUCCUGAGAAUGCAGCUUCAAAUAUUGAUAAUAAACACACACCAAAUUCGUCUGAGAAAGAAAACAGUUCAGUUCCGCAUAUAAAUGGUUCUGGAGCAUCUACACCUGCAAAUAUUUUGCAUUCUACAAAAAAUGAAAGUCAAUCUGGACUAAUGGCAUCAGAAUCCGCUGAAAAAGAAAGUAGUUCUCUGCAAUUUAUGAAUAGUUCAGGAGAACUAUUAAGUAAGUAUUCCAAGCAGAAACGUAAUCAGAUGCUCUCAUCGAAUUCCAAUGAGAAUAGAUUAAAUCUUGUUGCGGCAAUAGCUCCAAAAACUUGCCCUUCGAAGGAAUGUAAAAAUAUUCCAUCAUUAAGAUCUAUUGGGAAUCCAAAUAUUCUUGCUACUCUAGUAAACUUUAGCGGAACAGAUCCUACUUCAAAUAUGCCAUUAAUAAAUUAUUCUGGAAGAAGUCCUGUCGGUUGUACUUGUAACUGUCCUCAUUGUUGUACCUGUAAAAGUCGUGAGCAAUUGAGCGAACGGAAGCAAUCAAAACAUGAAAAUGCUGUCAUUGUGUCAAAUCAAACAAAUAUUUCUCAAACUGUGAAUAUGUCCAAGGAUUCAACUCGAAACAUUGGCAACGAUUCAAAAACAUCAUGUGAAAAAAUCAGCAACGACGAUUCAAUUAAAAAUCUUUAUCUUAAAGGAAGUGGAAAUAAAAAUCAACUAUCAAAAGCUGAAAAAAAACUUUGGUUAUUAGAAACUGAAAAGAACGCACCAUCAAUUGAUUCUAUAAAAAAUCAUAUAAUGAACAUCGAAAAUAAGAAGCAUGAAACUUCAGUAAUAGAAAAGCUUCCAAGAGAAAUCGAAUCUUUAAUUUCGCAUUUUCUCUCGAAAUCAGAAUCUAAGGCCACCGCAGACUUAAUUAAUGAGAUAAAAGAAGCUGAUAAAAACACUCUUUACUUACCUUCAUCCAAUUUGCAUUCAAAAGAUGCAGCAAAUGUUGAAAAUUUGAUAGACAGUUUUUAUUCAUGCAAUGGAAAUAUCAUCCAAAAGUUGAUUGCAUUACCACAAACAAACCAUGAUGAUCGAAUGUCGAGUGUUUAUCGAGUAACGACAUUCAAUGUUCGAAAAAACAAAGAUGGUAACAUUGAAAAAAUUUCGUUAAGCCCAGAACAUUAUACUUUUAUGAAUGAUAUAGCAAUAGCGGCGAGUAAGAAUUUAAAAUCUUCAACACCCGGGAAAUAUAUAAUAUUAUUUGAAAAAAUCAUGCGUCAAAAACCAAAUCUCGAUACAAGAUCGGGAACAAGCAUUUCUAAAAAAAACAGUAAAUAUCAAGACCAAAUGGUGAAUAAAAAUGAAAAAGAAUAUUUGAAUAAUAAAGCUAAAUACACAAAAUGUAGUAUUGGUCAUUCAAAAGGCCAGCCGCAAUAUAUUUACUCUGCUUCAGUAUCAAAAGAUCCUGAUGAUGAUCAAAAUUUUAAUUGGAAUGGUGAACUAAAACAUGUCACCACCAAACACCGAAAAUCAUCUACGAAGAUUUCGGACCUAGCUCCAGUUACAAAUUAUCAAAAUGUUAUUUGGCCGUUAGAUCAGACUAAGCAUAGCCCUAAACAAAAUAUUUCGAUUAGUGAUCAAGAGAAAAACAUAACGAGUUCAGAACAAUCCCGACUCCAAUAUGCACAGUGUAACUCUCCAAAUUGCAUUUAUAAAACACACAAAACGAAUUUAGAAUCCCAAUCUGGUCAAUAUAAGCACCAUGAUUCUGGUAAAGAAGAAAUUUUAAAAAAUGUCGCUACUCAGAAUCAAACUUUGCCUUCAACUGGUAUUAGACAUCAUAACCCCCACGAUAAGUUAAAGCAAACUGCUGCAAAUCCUGUUCAUAAUAAACCACACGUUCCAAAUUUAGAACAAUCCCAAAGUCAAUAUCAAUCAAAACAUAAUGAUCCCCAAAAUAAAGUUCUGGAUUCAAUAAGUAUUCACUCUGGUAAGCAUGGCAAAUCGACGCAAAACGCUGUACAGAACAUUCAAAAGGCACAUGUUACAAAUUUAGAAGAUUUUCAAGCUAAAUCUGAUAACAAUUCGAGUCAACAAAGUCAAUCAAAACGGAAUAUUUCUAUGCCACAUAUUACGAAUGAUCAAUCCCAAGUUAGUCAAAAUAAGCACUACAAUGAACCAAAUAUUCACGAAAAACAUAUUACGAAUUUAAAAGAAUCUCGAAGUAAAUAUGAACAUCAUACUUUUAAUCAAAAAGACCAUUCAAUACCUAAUGAUACUCAGAACCAAGCUUUGAAACCCACUAAUACAAAGAAUGAUGGGCAUAGCUUAAAUCAAUCAAAACGUGACGCAAUUCAGAAUAUUUUGAAGAUAAUGGCUGAUCGCAAAACAAAAGUUGAGAAGAUCAAGGACCCAUCUAAAUCUACACAAAUUUCGAAUGCAAGCAAUAAUCGUGAGAUAGUUGAUGCCGAAAAUUUAAAACAAGUAAAGAAUGAUGUAAAUAACGACGCUAAAUGCGAUCAAGACCCAUUGAAAAGUGGAAUUGGCCAAAAUCUUUUAAAGCCAACUAAAAAUUCUAAAAUGAAUCCUCUGACGAAUUUAGAACGAUCUAACGUUAAGUAUAACGACGAUUUUCAGUCCAAGCGUGAAACCCAUAAGAAUAUUUUAGAAUCGACUAGUAAUCGGAAAAUAUUACCAACAGUAACUUUUCAAGAACCUGAACUAAAAUUUGAUUAUCAUAAACUGAACACAAAAGAUCAAUCGAAAGAUAAUACUCCAAAUAUUAACAAAAUUAAGACCGCUUCGCAUUUAGAACAACACCAGGAUAAAAAUGCUCAAUAUGAUUUUAGGUAUAAAGAUAACUCACAUCGUAACACAAAACAGACUAAAACAGAAUCAGUUAAUAAAUUUAUAGCAAAGAAUCAGGAGUGUCAUAACGAAAGUCAAAGGAAUUUGCAAUCCCUAUCUAGUCAUAAAAAACCUGAACCGUUAUCAGCUAAGUGUGAUAAUCAUAAUUUGAAAUCUGAAUCGUCGAAACAUAGCGUCACACAACACAGCUUAGAGUCAAGCAGAAGUGGUAAAACUGAACCUGCUGCUAAACUGACACCGUCUCGAGUAAAAGAUAUUCAACAUAAUUUUUAUACAAUAAAACAAAAUGCAUCGCAGAAACUAGAUCAACCUCAAAUUAUUGGAAUUUUGGAAUCUAAUAGUGAUCAUAAAAAAGAAAGCACUCUAAAUUCAAAACAAUCUCAUAUGCUACCCUCAAAAGAUUCAAAUAUUAAGACUGAACAGGGUGAAAUAAAAAAUAUAACAACUUUGAAACAACCUGAAGUCAAGUAUAAUGAACACGAUUUUAAGCGCAUGAAACAGUGUUUAUGUAAGAACCAAACAGAACACUUUUGUAAAUGUAAAAAUGGUAAUUUAGAGCGUACAAACAUUAUUAGCACGAAUUCUAUUACUAGCUCGGCUAACGAUGGAAACCAAAAUGAAAACACUGGUAUAAGAAAAUCUAAGUCUGGUCUCUUGAAACAUAAUUUAACCAGUAAAAAAUCUGAACUUCGAGCUGAAAAUUCACCAACCAAUAAGCCAGAUGAAAAUGUAAAUAGUUGGAAUAACGAAGCAAACAACUCAAACAAUGACAAACAUCAACAUGAUUGGGAUAUGAGUAAACAAAAUAAAAAAAAUUUGUUAAAAUCUACCAAUAAUAACAAAAAUUUAAAGUCUUCGGAAAAUUUACAUUUCAAACAGUUAAAAAGAGAGGAUGCGCAAAUUAAUUUAGACAAGAUGCAAAGCGUACAAAUUGAUUCAAAUAACAAGAAUGACACUCAGUCACAACCAUUGAAAAACUUACAUUCCAAUAAUUUACAAAGAUUUAAAAGCAGACAGAACAUACACAAUGAUCCUAAACUAGACUCGCCAAAAGAUAAUAAAUGUAAUAAGACUCAUCCAAACCCUUUAAAAAUUUUGCAACCUAAUCAGCCCAAAAAGGAUGACGAUCCAAAAAAUUUAAAUUUAAGUAAACUAAAUAUACAAAAUCAGCGAGACUUAUUAAUAUCAACUAAUGACAUCACUGAAUGGAAUGCGGCUCAUUUAAAUCCAUUGAAUACUAAAAUAACUGGCGGCAAUGAUAAGCCUGAUACUAUAGAUUUAGAAUCAAGUGGCCGUGAAAUGAAAAAUAUCAAUAGAAUAGACUCUAAUUUAGCAAAGGGUAAUCAGCUACAACCAUUAAAAGCAAACAAUGAUUUCACUGAAGGAAAUGAAGCACAUUUGAAAUACAGCUCAACUGGUACGGAUAAGGUUAAUGAUCACACUAAAACUCCAGACCUAAAUUCACAUAGCUAUGAAUCGAAAAAUAUCCAUAGAUUAGGCUCUAAUAUAAGGAUUACGAAAGAAACACAUUUAAAAGUCUCAGUUUCUCGCGGUAAAGAUAAUUUGAAAACUCCUGACAAUCAAUUCAACCCAGACGAUUCAAAAACCAAUUUAAAUUUAAUCAAACAAGGGAAGAAUAUUACUAACGUUAAUCAGAAUCAGAAUGAGUUUAUUGAGAAUAAGCCUGAAAAUAAAGCUCAUUUUGCGAACCAAAUGGAAACGAAACAUGCACCAUCUAAUAAAGACAAAAAAAAUUCUCGAAUGAAUAAAAUAAGGAUUGGCAGUUCUUCAGUUACGUUGGGUACAAGUAUUUACAACGUAAAACAUCCCACAAGUCUGAAACAACCAAGAAUAAAAUCUGCUAAUGCCAUGAAGGAUAAGUAUGAAAAUAAAAAAAAUACUUCUGUUAAUGCCUCAAAACAUUCAAAUAAGAAAGGAAUAAAAAAUUGUGAAAUAAAUCAGUUUGAAAAACCCAAAAUUGGAACUGGUCCAUUAAGUUUAAUGGCAGAACAUGCAACAAAACAGAUUUAUAAACAAGAAAGGCUUACAUCUAAAUCCACUAACGAUGCCAUUAAUUCAAGUGAUGUUAAAAGUACGUCAAAGUACCUUAGAGAACCUUUAAGACCUGUCUCACCUAAUAAUGGGACAGGGUAUCCCGAUGGAAAUGUACCAAAUUUAACUGAGACUGUGAAGGGCAUUUUAAAUUCUAGCAAUCAUAAAACAAACAGUGAUAAACCAUCAAGUUUUAUUGAAGAACCAAAAAAUAUUUUGGAACAGAAUCAUUCGAAACUAGUUUUCGAUUUAAAUAAAAUAUCAAAUUUUGGGCAAUCCAAAAAGAUUAUACAUGAUCAUCCUUAUAUUAGAGCUCUCGGUGUUAAAACAGAACCACAAAUUUUAAAUAAACCAGGCUUUAAAGAAUCUUCGAAUAAUGAUCCACCUAAUGUUAAAAAUGAGAGCAAGUUGAAAAAUAUUGUGAACCAAGAAACUCAAAGUAAAAUCCCCGACAGUUCAUUAAAAGCCACCAAUUUAUUGGACAGAGUAUAUUACGAACCAAAAUAUACUAGAGGGAUAGAAAAUUUAAGUCUUGGCUUUAAACAAACAAAAUAUGCUUCCAAUUUCAAUUGGAUCAAAGAACCACAAAAAAAGUCCACACAAGAAGGAGUUGAUAAACAUCUUCAUGUUAAUGACGAGUUAAAUGUUAGAUUAGUCAAAAACAACUUGUCUGAAUCAAGUACAAAUGUUAGUAAAAAACCGCCUAAAUCUGUUAAAUUAGGUAGAACUAGAUCAGAAACAAAAACUAUCAAAAAAGUUAAUAUUAAUCAAUAUGAAAAUUUAGAUUAUAAGGACAUGCAACCAAGAGUUGCUCACUUGGUCGAAAUAAUAAUGAAGGCCGUACAAGAUUUGAAUAUUCUUACAACAUCUCAAUUAAAAUUACCAAACACAUAUAACAAAGUCAUCAAAACCCGAUGGAUUGACGAAUCUGAUAAUACCGAAAAUCGUGAAGAUGAUAGAUAUAAACUUAAUUUAGAAGAUAUUUUAUCUAUAGAAAAAAUAGGAAAACGUAAAUCAGAAAAUAUUAUGCCUAAACCGGCGGAAUUAAUAAUUAGGUUUGCAUCUGAAACGGAAGCCAAAAAGAAAAAUUCCGAAAAUGACGAAGAUUGAGUGUAGUUUUCAUAUAAUGUUUUUUAAAUUAAUCCAAUAAAAUUUAUAGAACUAUGGUCACCAGUGAUUCAAGAGUGGAUUCAUAAAUAGUAAGAAAAUCUCUAAGAUAAUGAAGUUUAGUAUUUUUGUAAUUGUAUACCAUGGUUUGUUUCACAAAAUCCGACAUUAUUUGGGAACAGUGAUAUCUAUUUCAUGUGGAAAUUUCAUCAUAUUUGAGAUUUUACAUAAUUUUUAGCACAAAUGAGCUAAUAUUUGCCGAACUGGUGUAACAAGAAAAAAUGAGAAAA